AUGGCCUCGCAGGAGCAGGUCUGGCCAGUCCCAAUGAAGGCAAUUGGAGCACAAAACCUUUUGACAAUGCCUGGAGGAGUGACCAAAUCAGGGUAUCUUCAUAAAAAAGGAGGCACCCAGCUGCAGAUCUUGAAGUGGCCAUUGAGAUUUGUGAUUAUCCACGAGGGAUGUAUUUACUAUUUUAAGAGCAGCACAUCUGCAUCUCCACAGGGUGCAUUUUCUUUGAAUGGUUACAACAGGGUUAUGCGGGCCGCUGAGGAGACAACAUCAAGCAAUGUGUUUCCUUUCAAGUUAGUUCACAUUAGCAAGAAGCACAGGACGUGGUUUUUUUCAGCUUCUUCUGAAGAUGAAAGAAAGCAUUGGAUGCUAUCCCUUAGGAUGGAAAUUGAUCACUACCAUGAGAAGAAAGAAACAAUAACAGAAUUCAGUGACUCUGGUUCUGAUGCAGACAGUUUCUAUGGCUCAGUAGAACGUCCCAUUGAUAUCAAGUAUUCUCAUCAUUCAGCAGAUAACGAAGAUUACGACCAGGAGGAAGAGGAUGAGUCUUACUUGCAGCCAGAUACUUCUGACAUAGUGAAAGAUGAUAUGGUCCUGCCCCCAGCCUACCCACCUCCACCAGUUCCUUAUGUCAGAAAAGCUGCCUACUCAGAAUCAAGGGCAAAUUCCUUUGCUGGCAAAUCUACUGUGCCAAUACCACCACCGCCUCCUAAAAGAAGCUUACCUGAUAUCAAACUAGAGGAUAUCUUAAAGAUGAGAGAAUCCCAGUUACAGUGCCGAGCUGAACCUAAUCUAAAGAUUCAAUCCUCAAGCCGGAGACUAAGUGAACAGCCACCCCCUGUACCCCCUCUACCUCUUUUCAAAAAGCCUGUGUGUGUCAAAGAACCUUGCUCACUGCCUCCAGAGCCUCUGCCUCUAGCUCAAGUUCUUGCUACUCCAGAAGGAUGUGAGAAGCUAAAAACCUUAAACCUGUCACUGCAAACUCCUCCUCCACUUCCAGGCAGUAAACCCAAGCUGCCACAGUUUACUGAAAAACCAGUAGAGCCCAAAGUGCCAAGAGAACAUGGUAAACCUGGACUGUUUGUGCCACCUGUGCUCCCAAAGCCAGCUGUGCCAAGCCACGAGCCCCCUGGAAUCAAGCCUAGAUCAGAGAAGUCUUCAUGUUCCCAGUUACAGAGAUCAUCACCAGAUGGACAGAGUUUUAGAAGCUUCUCAUUUGAAAAACCAGCGCUACCCUCCAAGCCAAGCCAACCUGGUGAUGAUUCUGAUGAUGACUAUGAAAAAGUUGGGCUGCCUACUUCAGUAUUUCUUAAUACCUCUGAAUCCUUAGAAGUUGAAAGGACAUUUAGAGCCAGUAGCCCACGGGGACAACCACAAAAUGGAUUGUACUGCAUUAGGAACUCAUCUACUAGGUCUGGAAAGGUAUUGGUUGUAUGGGAUGAAUGUGCAGAAAAAGUGAGAAACUACAGAAUCUUCGAAAAGGAUUGCAAGUUUUACCUGGAUUCAGACAUCAUGUUUUUGAACAUGGGAAGCCUGGUCGAAUACUAUAGCACUCAUGUCUUACCUAGUCACGACAGCCUGAUUCUUCGGUGUCCUUAUGGUUACUCUAAACCAAGGUGACAUGACGCAUAAUUCACUGACGCUUAGGACAGAUGGGUUCCCUGCUGCCCUUGAAUUAAAUGUGGACUCCUGCCACUGUUGGACAUCCCAUUGUUUGCACACGGAAACCGA